AUGAGUUUCAGCGGAUUCCUCGAUGGUUUCUCAGGCGGCGGCGCCAGGCUCCUUCCCCACAUCUCGUACGGCAACCACUUGUCUCCUUCAGCGGCCGGUGCUAUUGCUCCCCCCCAACCGGGUGAUCUUGUCCCUCCUCUCGCCAAGUCCAUGUUCUCCUCUCCCGGCCUCUCCCUUGGCCUCCAAAUGAACGUAGAAAACAACGGAGCGGUGGCGAGAGGGAGCGAGAGUAUCGAGGUGAGUGCAAUUAGGCGGAGUAGAGAAGAGGAACCGGAGAGUAGAUCUGGCAGCGAUAAUGCCGAAGGAUUCUCCGGCGACGACCAUGAUGCCGCCGAUAGGCCUCCCCGGAAGAAGAGAUACCACCGACACACUCCCCAGCAAAUACAAGAACUCGAAUCGGUUUUCAAGGAGUGCCCUCACCCCGAUGAGAAACAGCGGCUCGAACUCAGCCGUCGGCUUAGCUUGGACCCUCGACAGAUCAAAUUCUGGUUCCAGAACCGCCGCACCCAGAUGAAGACACAACUGGAGCGCCACGAGAACUCUUUGUUGCGUCAUGAAAACGACAAGCUCCGGUCGGAGAACAUGUCGAUACGCGAGGCCAUGAGGAACCCAAUAUGCGGCAAUUGCGGCGGACCCGCCGUGCUCGGCGAAGUGUGCCUCGAGGAACAACAUCUCAGAAUCGAGAAUGCUCGCCUCAAAGACGAACUCGACCGCGUCUGUGCCUUAGCCGGAAAAUUCCUCGGCCGUCCCAUUCCAUCCGUCUCCGCCUCACAUCCCUUGCCCGACUCCGCUCUCGAGCUCGGUGUCGGCUCAAACGCCGGUUUCAGCCUCGCCGCUAACGCUGGAUUUGAGAUUUCGGUCCCCGGCGCCAGCUUGGCUCCGGUGACCCGACCGCCGUCGGCUAAUGCCGUGAAUGUCACUGGACUGGAACAUAGACCGAUGUAUCUGGAGCUGGCAUUAUCCGCCAUGGACGAGCUUGUGAAGAUGGCGCAAGCGCGAGAGCCACUUUGGGUGAGAAGCUCCGAGUGCGGACGCGAAGUGCUUAACCGCGAUGAGUACGACAGGACUUUCUCGUCUUGUGUCGGACCGAAACGAGAAGGGUUCGUGUUGGAAGCUUCUAGAGAGGUCGGGAUGGUCAUCAUCAACAGCUUGGCCCUCGUCGAGACCUUGAUGGACUCGGAACGAUGGGCAGAUAUGUUUCCGUGUAUGAUUGCAAGAACUUCGACCACAGAAAUCAUCUCUAGCGGCGUGGGAGGGACACGAAGCGGCGCUCUUCAGCUGAUGCAAGCGGAGCUUCAGCUGCUGUCCCCACUCGUGCCAGCUCGACGAGUGAGCUUCCUGCGGUUCUGCAAGCAGCAGGCGGAGGGUGUGUGGGCAGUGGUGGACGUCUCCAUCGAUGGUGCCAUAAGAGACAGCUCGGCCGCAACCGUGUCCGGGUCGCCUAGCUGCAGAAGGCUUCCUUCCGGUUGCCUUGUUCAAGACAUGCCCAAUGGCUACUCCAAGGUGACGUGGGUGGAGCAUGCGGAGUACGACGAGAGCCAGAUUCACCACACGUACCGCCCCUUAGUCAGAUGCGGCUUGGCGUUUGGAGCGCACCGGUGGGUGACCUCUCUCCAACGCCAGUGCGAGUUCCUCACCAUCCUCAUGUCCUCCUCCCCAGACCAUUCUCCCAUAAGCUCAAGCGGGAGGAAGAGCAUGCUGAAGCUGGCGCAGAGGAUGACGGACAACUUCUGCGGCGGCGUGUGCGCGUCUUCGGCUCAGAAAUGGAGCCAACUGAACGUGGGGAACAUCGACGAGGACGUGAGGAUAAUGACGAGGAAGAGUGUGGACGACCCCGGCGAGCCUCCGGGUAUCGUCCUGAGCGCCGCCACGUCCGUGUGGCUGCCCGAGACGGCGCCUCGGAGGCUCUUCGACUUCCUAAGGGACGAGCGGCUAAGGUCCGAGUGGGAUAUAUUAUCAAACGGUGGCCCCAUGCAGGAGAUGGCCCACAUUGCCAAGGGCCAAGACCACUCCAACUGCGUCUCCCUCCUCCGCGUCAGUGCGAUGAAUGCGAACGAGAGCAGCAUGCUGAUACUGCAGGAGACGUCCAUAGACCCGGCCGGGGCUCUUGUGGUGUACGCACCCGUCGACAUCCCGGCCAUGCACGUCGUCAUGAACGGCGGGGACUCUGCCUACGUGGCGUUGCUCCCCUCCGGCUUCGCCAUCCUACCCGACAGCGGCGCCGGACGAACGGACGGCGAAGGAGGGUCGUUACUGACGGUGGCCUUCCAGAUACUGGUGAACAGUUUGCCGACGGCAAAGCUGACGGUGGAGUCAGUGGACACCGUUAACAACCUGAUAUCGUGCACCGUCCAGAAGAUCAGAGCGGCUCUUAGCUGCUGAAAACGGGGUUUCUUGAGUCAAGAACGAACCGGCGAACGGUGUUGAUGGUUCGGGUAUUGACUCGACAAAUGUAUAUUUGAUUUUUGGGGAAUGAUUUUUAUGUCGAAAUCAUUCGGAGAUAUGAGAAUGGUGAUUUAGAGAAAUGAGGGCAUACAUGCAAUUGUAAUCCCUAUGCAUGGCAUUACAAUUCGUUGAAAUAUCGAUGUGUUAUCUAGGAGUUUAAUCUA